CAUUCCAGCACCGAGGGGGUGUAGCCACGAAGUAGCCAUAUUGAAUGAAUUGAGCCGUUCCCUCAGUCAAACCCAGUCCCGAUGAAGACAGGUCCUCGAAGAUUCUCUCCGUACUCCUUGCACGAUGGCGGCUACGGACAUGGACAUUUUCGCUGAUGAAGAGAAGAGGAAGCUGGAGUUGGGCGGCCGUGUUGGGUUCGACAGCUUACCUGAUCAACUGGUCAGCAAGUCCGUCACACAGGGCUUCUGCUUCAACAUCCUCUGUGUGGGGGAGACUGGGAUUGGAAAGUCCACUCUGAUGAACACCCUUUUCAACACAGAAUUUGAUAAUGAGAAGGCCAGCCACUACCAAGACAACGUCCACCUGCGUCCGAAAACCUACAACCUGCACGAGAGCAGCGUCCACCUGAAGCUGACCGUGGUGGACAGCGUGGGCUUUGGGGACCAGAUCAACAAGGAGCAGAGCUACAAGCCUGUUGUGGAUUACAUCGACACACAGUUUGAGAACUACCUUCAGGAGGAACUGAAGAUCAAGCGUUCCCUCUUCAACUACCACGACAGCAGGAUUCAUAUCUGCUUGUACUUCAUCGCCCCCACUGGACAUUCCCUCAAAUCUCUGGACCUGGUCACUAUGAAGAAGCUGGACAGCAAGGUGAACAUCAUUCCCAUCAUCGCCAAGGCAGACACGAUAUCGAAGAGCGAGCUGCACAAGUUCAAGAUCAAGAUCAUGAGUGAACUGGUGAGCAACGGGGUGCAGAUCUACCAGUUCCCCACGGAGGACGAGGCCGUGACGGAGAUCAACUCCUCCAUGAACGCCCACCUGCCAUUUGCAGUUGUGGGGAGCACCGAGGAGGUGAAGGUGGGGAACAAGAUGGUGCGGGCCAGACUCUACCCCUGGGGCACCGUGCAGGUUGAGAACGAGAGCCACUGUGACUUUGUGAAGCUGAGGGAGAUGCUGCUGCGGGUGAACAUGGAGGACCUCAGAGAGCAGACACACACUCGCCACUACGAGCUCUACCGACGCUGCAAGCUGGAGGAGAUGGGCUUCAAGGACACAGACCCAGACAGCCAGCCCUUCAGCCUCCAGGAGACGUAUGUAACUAAGAGGAAGGAGUUCCUGGGAGAGCUGCAGCACAAGGAGGAGGAGAUGAGGCAGAUGUUUGUUAACAAGGUGAAGGAGACCGAGGCUGAGCUGAAAGAGAAGGAGAGAGAGCUCCAUGAGCGGUUUGAGCAGCUGAAGAGGAUGCACCAGGAGGAGAAGAGGAACCUGGAGGAGAAGAGGAGAGACCUGGAGGAGGAGAUGAACGCCUUCAACAGGAGGAAGGUGGCAGCAGAGGCGCUGGUGGGACAAGCCCUGCAAGGAUCCUCUCAACCCUUCAAGAAGGAUAAGGACAAGAAGAACUUCUUUAGUCUCCCAUCUGCGUGCUCCUUAACCUCAGGGAGGAAUCUACACUAGAAGACUUUCUACCACAGAAAUACAUUUCCUUGUUUGAAACUAAUAAUCGAGUUUGCUGUUUUUUUGACAGUAUGAAGCAAACAUUUUCGAAGACCCUCUGUGCUCCUGUUUAUGUCUGAUCUCUUGUGAUCUUCUCUGACCACUGUCUUCCAAACCUGCCUAACUCACGGGUGGUUACCCAGGUACAGAUUAACUCUGAAGCAGAAGAAACAGGAAAUCAGUGUUUUUCCCAGUAGACGAGAUUUAAUCUGUGUUUAGGGGAAGCUAAAGAACCACUCUCUUCCUCAACCUCAGUAGCAUGGUUACUCCUCUCUCUUCACCUGACACAGAAUGCUUGCAGGUAACUAUUAGAUUCUCUUUAUUUUACUAUUAAAUGUGCUUUUACUGAUGUUGCUGUAUUUUGUUUCUGUUCAUAUUUAUAUAUACCUAUUUGACUGGUGUCAUCCUAAUGCACUGUGAAAUUGUAAAGUUGAAAGGGGUUGUAUUAAAAGAAGAAAUGCUUAAAAGCCUUGUCAGAAAGGGUUAUCAGGGUUGGUCAAAUUAUAAAUAAGACGCACUUUAAUGAAACAACGCGUACACUAAAUUAUACACAAUACCUAUAAAUGUGAUCGUCGAGUUAUUAAAUAGCCUAACAUUGUUGAAGGCUGAAGGGAUUAACUGUCUUAAUGAGACUAAACUAAAAUGUGAAUCGUGAUUCAAAGGUUUUCUUAUAUAGUUAAUCCAUAUUAAGUAUUGUCUUCAUGAGGUUUGUGCUUAAUCAUCCCGUAUGGAUUUGUAUGUUUUUUCUCAAUGAAUAAAGUACUUUG